AUGAAUGUAGAAUCGCAAAUCAACCAGCUCAAAUACAGAAGUUCUUUCAAGUUUAUGUGCCCGAACAGUAACUGCGGCAAAAGUUACAAGUAUAAGCCAGAUUUGAACAGACAUAUAAAAGAUUAUUGCGAUAAACGCUGGGUUUGUAUGAAUGAUUGUGGACGCAAGUAUUUGAACAAAAAAAGUUUAAUCAGGCAUUUAAGAUAUGAAUGUGGUGUGAGACGUCAAUUUCAAUGUAACACAUGCUUGCAGCAGUUUAAACUUCAGAAUCAUUUGAAAAAACACCUUCAGAGAUGCACAUCUAGAACUAUAGCUAUUGAUCAACACAUUAGUACAGUGAAUGGUGUCGUCAGAGAUGAAACAGAAAUGCAAGCCCUGGAACAUACGCAUAAUAGAUACUAUUGCAUCAACGGGUGUGGUAAGAGCUACAAGAAUAAACAGCAUAUGACCAGACACGCAAGGAGCGAAUGUGGAUGUCAAGCUAAGUUCCGGUGUCAAUACUGCAUGAAGUCAUUUACGCGCAAACAGUCUUUGAAACUACACAUAGUGGUUGUGCACAAUCGUUUACCGGACGCCGUCCACAGAAAUCCUAGACAACAGUUGAACUGGUCUGAUAAUCAACUUACUUAG